AAUAAGUAGUCGAGUAUGGCAUUCCUGGAGCAACUUUUGAAUGACGCUCAAGGAAAGCACAUAAAUAUUAAUCGUGAUCGCUCAGAAUUUACACGACAUUACAACGUUCUGCGAGAUACUAUCUACAAAGGACUUAAAGCGGUGUCGCCAUUCGACAAGUGGCUAAGUGGCCACAAACUGGGCGGAAGUUAUGGCGAUAAUUUGAAGAUUACAAAGCCUGAUGAAUUCGAUUUGGUAAUUCACUUGAAGUUUCCCGAAAACGAUAGGAUUAUUGUGAAAAAGGAUCCCCGUAGACCUGGCAAUGUUAUUUUAAACAUGACGGAAGUGUUGAAAAUCCUACAGAAUCAGGAUCACAAUAGAGUAUCAUAUACACAUUUGAUCAAAUUGGUUUCAUCGAAAAAUGAGCUUUUGGAGGAUAAGCUGCAGGCUUUGAUCACUAGUGCUAUGAAAAAGGUGCUUAAUAGCAUGAAAAAUAAGAUUAAUGUGGAUGGUAAUAUCACGGAAGUGGUAUAUAAGAGAUGUGGGCCGGCGCACACGAUGUUCAUUGACACAAAGGAUAUCAAAUACUCUGUGGACUUUGUGCCAGCCAUUAAGCUAAAUGCAAGCCAAAAUAUCUUGGGUGAAGAGGAACUUAAGUACUUUGUUAAGAAUGGGUCUUGGGAGGCGAUUCCGAAACCUUUAAAGCCCAGCGAGCCGAACAAUGUUUCGUUCCGUGCCUCGUACUAUGACUCCGAGUUAGUUAUGCUCAAGGAUAAACACAGGCUGAAGGAAGUCAUAAGAUUUAUGAAGAAGUUUCGUGACAACAAGCAAAACAUGAGCAACAUGAAAAGCUAUUUCAUAAAGACUGUUUUGCUUUGGCAAGUUAAGGAAAAGGGCUCGUAUUAUUGGAGAACCUCUCAGCUUAAGGAUGUACUAAUAGAAAUGCUCGGAAAGCUGAAAAGAUCUUUGGCCACGUCUGGCCACAAUGGAAAAUUACCUUUUUUCUGGGAUCCUAAACUGGAUUUGUUUGCCACAUUGACCGACACCCAGCGCUACGAUAUGUUUAACUGCAUUACAGGGGUGAUUUAUACGCUGGAGCGUGCAGAUGGCAACUUGACGAAGGACAUCGAUAAUUGUAUUAAAUUGAUAUUCAGUAAGACGUUUGCAAUUGACACAAGGCAUAAGACUGAUUAGCUAACUUUUUUUGAAAACGUAG